AUGUCAUUAAAGUAUCUUGCUCAAUCAACCAUACUUGACAUUGAACUCACAGCGGAGACACUUCAAAUAUUGAGACAAGCUGUAUUAAACAGAAUUGUAUUAAAUAAUAAAGAUGACAAUCAAUUACAAUCAUCGCCAACCAACGAAAUCAAUCGUCCUGACAGUCAGUUAGGUUCACCGAAACUCACGCGUUCUCACUCACAUUCAUCAAUAUCAUCCAAACAUACGCGACAAUCGGAAAAGAGCAUUGUUAGACCGACAUCACCCGUGACUCGUCAACGUGAUUCGAAAGAUCUUAGUCCAGUUUCAUCCAAACCAAAGCAACGUACACGUUCGAACUCACCACGAAAAACAUUCUCCUAUUUACCACCCGACCGCAUGAAUGUUCGUGCAUGGAAACAGCAACAUCGGCAAUUAGCUAAACAAGACGAAUACGAUCGAAUUUACCAUGAAAAUCGUAUCAAAUUAGAAAGGUUAGCUAAAAUCGUUCGUGAACCAAGUUCGUAUCCAACUAUGCAUAUUGAACAAGAGCGUCAACGUGAACGACAUGCACUCGACCAUCGCCGAAAAGUUCUGAAGAGUUAUAUUCCGAUCUAUCAAGACAAUCUAUUCAUUAUCAAUCGUCUUGCUAAUGUCAAAGGCGUUUACGAUACGAAAAAAAUGGAGGAAGAUUUUCGUCGGCAUACAGGUAUUCUUCAACAAGACGCUGCCAAUCGCAAGAAAGCACGUGAAACAGCCGCGCAACGACCGUUUAUUUUGCCAAAAAUUAACACAAAAUCAUGA